UCCGCUUUCAGUCUCUUAAGUGCCUAAAAACGCGUUCUUUAUGUAAAUAAACGUUAUUUAUUGCAAAUGUCUUUCGCAAACCCAGUCGUCGUCCCGAACGACGUCUUUUCGGUCGUUUCGCGCGUCAACACUCUUCUGCCGUCAAACAGAUCCGCCGCUUUCCGUUUACUUCUUUCGUCGCCUCAAUGGACACGUGAGUCUUCAGUCGUCGUCCCGAACGUCACGUUUUGGUCAAACCUUGCUUUCAAAGCACUUCAGUCAUCCGAUGUCUCGCAACACACAACAGCCGCACAUUUCCUGUGUUUGUUGUUGGACGCCGUCAGUCGUCUUCCGCAAUCAAUUUCCGCAAAGAUUUUCUCUCAGAUUUCAACCACAGUUUUGAUUCCUUCUUUCGAUCUUUUUCUCAAUUUUCGAUUACGUCUUUCGCCUUCACUUUCGUGUCGUUUAUUGAGUCGUCUUUUGUCGUCGUCCGGGACGACGUCCAGACGUCCACUUUCUUCUUUAAACUCUUUUAUCAUUGAUUUAUCAAAAACUGGAAAAACACAUGAAAUCCAAGAUUGUUCCGCUCUUUUUGUUAGUCUUCCUCUUUUCUCUUCAUCUGUUUCUUCACGAAAAAAUGUUUUUUCCGAUCUUUUUUCUCAAACUAUCGAACAAUUACUUCAACUUGAAGAUGAAAGAUCCGUCCAUUUCUGGUCACUUGUCGCCUCCCGACUUUGUGUGUCCGCUCACGUGUCCUUCAUUCCGGCGGCCACUUUGUUCGGCGCCGCUCUUUCGCUCCAAAAACGCGAUUUUCCGCCGAAAUAUUGUUUUUGGAUUUUGGAAUCACUUCUUGUUUCAUUAAAAAACGAUUUUCUCGUUUUUAUUGUGAAAACCAAUCGCCUCCUCGACGCCUCCUUCAGCCAAUCGUUUUCAUGGAUUCAAGUUUUGCCUUUUCUUCGAAAAUAUUUGACUUUUUUUGGACAAAAAACUUGUUUUUCUUUCGACUCUUUAAACGAUUUUUCGAACAAAAUCUCACAAAACAUUUUUUCUGAAAACUCUUUUUCCGACUCGACUUUAAUGGACGCCCUCCACUGCCUCCGCCUCCUUCAUGAGACGUAUGUCUGUGAGACGACUUCUCGACUGUUUCGGGACUUUUUAUUCAAGUCUUUGACGCGUUUUUACAGUUCGACCGAAACCUUGGAAUUGUGUUUAGUUUUGAGACCCGAAUAUCGUCUUCUUGUUUGGCGAAUAACUUGUUCUCUGAUUUCUCGACAUUCAAUCGAUUCAAGCGUUUAUCGAACUCUUGUUUCGUUCGCGCGUUUGGCCGCUAUUCGCGACUCUGACUCAAGAAUUCGCACUUUUUGUCGAAAAACUAUUCGAUUAUCGAUUAAUCGGAUUUCAGAAUCGAUUUUCGAUAAAUCGAAUGAAAAGCAAACAAACGCUGAAAUUCAAGAAUUGUUUAAAACCAACGAAAAUGUGAUUCAAAUCGAAGAAGAAAAAGGAGAAGAAGAGGAAGAGAUCCAAAUCUUAGAAGACAUUUUCAGACCAAUUGUCGAAAGAGAGGACUCAGAACCGAAAAGACGUCGAAUUGAACCACAAGAAGCGGAAGAAGAAGUCGAAGAAGUUCUGAAAGAUUUUGUUUUUGAUUAAAAUAUUUUAAUAAAGUUUAAGAAUUGAUUCAAGAGAUG